CAGUGGCAAUUGGAAAGGUGAUUGAGAAUGACUUACCUCGCCGCCACCUACUACCAAGACUCUUUUGUUUCUGAUCUGCCAUGCCAGUAUCAGUGAACCACCACCUUGAACUUCAGAGAACUUUUUGUCCUCCAUGUUGAAAGAAUUGAAACGGAGAUAUAUUUUUGAGUAAUCCUAGUAAAGCGAGGCGAUAAGAUAAGGCUGUAGCUCGUCGCCUAGUGCAGCGUCGAACUGGUAUGUCCACGGACCACCUUCAAGUUGGAGAUCCUCAAACACCUCGAGCUGGCAAAGCUCUGAGGCUACGCAUUUGAUAAACCACCGCCAUGUCUGGUCGAAAGCUGGGAGGCGGGAGGAUACUUGGAAGUGGGAAGUCUUUGGCGCCUCCCGCCCCUCCGGCGCAUCGAACUUCAGACUUCACGUCUCCUGCUGAGAGUAUUGUUUCGUCUGGCGGAUCGACUGCCUCACCUCUGGCCACGUCCCCACUACCGGAAAUCAACCAAGACUUGAGUUCGGUGGUAUCUUUGCAGAAUGGAGCAUCGUCUUCAGUGACGGCUGCGAGCACGAAGUUGCUUUGCCCGAUUUGCAAUGAAGAGAUGAUGACUCUAUUACAGUUGAAUCGGCAUCUCGACGACAACCAUCAAGAACUCCCCGAAGUUCAGCAGGAUGAGGUCAAGAACUGGUUCAACAAGCAAGUUGUCAAAGCGAAGAAGUUCCAGCCAUUGGCGGUCAUAAACCAGAAACUCAAAGGGCUGGAUGUGUUCGAAUCGAACGAACCCCCAGUUCCAACGAGCUCGCCUAGUAUCCAUCCUGCGAACCGCGUUUCUACGCCUGAACCAGCACGGCCAGAUCCAGAUGAAGUGGUUACUCGAGCACAUUGGCAGAGAUCAGGGUACAAUGAUUUAUGUACAGAGCCAGCAUGCGGGAAACGGUUGGGGUCCGUAAAUGGGAACGUGAACUGCAGACACUGUGGGCGACUAUUCUGCGAGGAUCAUACGAUGUACCAGAUGAAGCUCUCGAGGUCAGCACAACACGAACCAAUAAGAGGAUUCUGGUGUAGGGUCUGCGAAACUUGUUUCAAGUCAAGGGAUGGCUACAAUGAUCAUAAUGGCUUCAUGAGAGACCAUACGAACGACUUUCUAGCUAUGCGAAGGAAGACGGUCGACAAGCAGUAUUUGGAAGUCUCGAGGCUGGAGAAGAGGCUUACAAAAUUGACACAAUUAUUGGCGAACCCGCCAGAGGAUGUGGCUGGAAAUAGUGGUGGGAUACUGUCCCUAGCUGGGCAGAAGAACCAACGCAAAUUAUUGGAGCAGUCUGUAGUCACCUGGGAAGAGGAUGCGAAUGUUAUAAAAUGUCCGUUUUGCCAACAGGAAUUCGGAUCAUGGUCAUUUCGAAGGCACCAUUGUCGACUGUGUGGACGAGUGGUCUGUGCAGAUCCGCGGACUGGAUGCUCAUCCGAGAUAGGUUUGAGUGUUGCUGCUGAAAAACAAUCUAACUCUCAGCUGAACGUGGACGUUCGAAUGUGCAGAGAUUGCAAAGCCACAGUUUUCAGCAAGAAAGACUUUGCGGCUGAAUUAUCUCACAAACCACCGGAUCAACGUGCAUAUGAGAACCUCUUGCAAUUCGAAAAAGGAAUUCGUCUUCUCUUACCCAAUUUCCAAAAACUCUUAAUAGCACUACAAGAUCCCGACAAACCACCAUCACACAACCAACUCACCGAAGCCUCCAAAGUCCGAAAGCGACUCAUAGACUCAUUUGGCAAGUAUGACUUAGCAGCAAAAAGAAUACGAGAUCUCCCAACCACAAGUACCACCCAGCAAAAACUCCAAAGAGCCAUCUACCAACAAAGCGCCAACUUCUUAAGCAUCCACAUGCUCCCCCUCAAAUCCCUCCCCAAAAUCCUCAAACACGCCUCUCCGCACGGCUCCAACGGUCUCCCACCGAACGGCCGCAGUGCCCUCGCCUCGAUAAAAUACAACGACAUCGACUCCGCCUCUCAAAUCAGCUCCAGCAGCGCCGUCUCCGCCAUGGAAGCCGAAGAGAAGGAAUUGCGAGAACGAUUAAUCGUGUUGGAAGAGCAGAGGUUUAUGGUUACGGAGAUGGUGAACGAUGCUAAGAAGGCGAGGAAGUUUGAUGAGGUGCAGGCGUUGAGUGGGAAUGUGGAUGAUUUGACGAGGGAGAUUGAUGCUGUGAAUGGGAUGUUGGGACAGUUGGAUUUUGCGGGGGUUUAUGCGAGGGAGCAGGCUAAUGGUGGUGGUGGUGCGCUGGGUUUGGGGUCUAGAUAAGAAGUUGGGGUUGGGAAGGAGUUACAAUUUGAACUUGAGCGAGCGUGAUGCAUUGUUUGGCGCUUGGAGGGUCAUUGCAUGGUGUUUGGGAGUGUGGCAUUAUGUCUGGU